AUGUUGUUGACUUUGCGCUCAUGUUUGCUUCGACUUGUGGUAGUGGUUGGAGCAACGACAGGGGCGAUAUUGGUGGCGAUAGCUAUCACCACGACGAGGAAAGGUGGCGUAUUAGUUCAAGAACCAGCUUCCUACUGGCGCACUGACGAUAAACAUCGCUUGGUUGGCACUGGGUGGCUUCAGAACGAGGAGAGGAGUCUGCAAGACGGGCAUGCGGAUAACCAGCCGACAGCUCCGUUUCAUGGAGAAAAUCGUGCAUGGGGCUCUCACGAGGACAGGGAAGAACGAAGCAACGGUCGCCAUAGUGACGACGACGACGACUCUGACGAUCAUAACAACGACGGCAAUGAAGAUAACAACGACGACGACGAUGAUGAUGAAGAUAAUAGCAGAGACAACAAUGACAGCGAGGACGACAGUGAAAGCCGUAGCCAAAGCGGCAAGGACCAAGAAGCUGCUGCCGUCCAGUCGAGUGUCGUCACGACUUUGGACGGUGUGAAUAUUGGCAACAGCAUAACAAUAAUCAACAUCGGUGGAAGUCUGGCAAACGCCAGUGAGCCUGGAGAUGGAGACGAUGACGAGCCGAACGGACAACCUUCAAACGGGUUUGCAUUAAAUGAUACGGAUCGCUCGGCUAUCACCUCUGCAGCGGUUCGCGCUUUUUGUAACUCGAUCAACUGCAACCUCUCUAACGUUACCGACACUACCGCAAACCCACUACCACCCAACUACAUGAUGCCCCCGUUUGGCGGCGGCAAUGCUGUACGAGGCAAUGAGGCCCAGUAUGCAUUUCCAGGAAUAAGCAGUGACAGCAGCGUAGCAACAAUGGGAAGAGCAAACUGGCUGCUUCUUUUCUCGACCCUCGUGCAUCUUCGAGGAGCAGUCGAAGAUUUCCCUGGCCUUGCCAUGGUUGCCUCACACACCAAGACGAAGCGCACGAAGAACAUGAAGCAGUGA